GCCUGAAUGGAAUGGUAUACGUGGUUCCUACGGAGUAUAGCUUCUAACCAUGCUUAGUGGGCUAACUCGCCUCGAGACCGUGCUUGCUUGCUUUUUUAAGCACAAAGACUGCCCACCUAGGUUCGUGCAGGUCAAAGCAGCUUUUGCAAUAACUACCUCAUUAUUCCUGACCUAUCACCCCUUGCUUAAUUGAAAUAAUCUCCCAAUGGCUUCUGUACCUGAACCGGAAAUUGACCAGCCUACGGCAGAUCUCAUUGUUCAACUGCAACUUCAAGAUGCCGACCUUUACUUUGAAUCCUCUAAAGGGAAGUCUCGCGAGCCCACAGACGAAGAGUUGGCAUUCCAGUUACAGACUGAGGAAUUUAAGAAUGCUUCCCAAUUCUUUGUGGAUAGACGAAUGGCUAUGAGCUUCGCAACCGCUGUUCAAGUUGAUGGGCCAAUUAUGGUUGAUAACUUUGUGGCCGAAGAGAAUGCGAUGAGAGACCGGGAGCUUGCUCGUUACUGCGAGGAAAACGGAUCCCCUGUGGCUGCUGCAAAGGACCGCCAGUCAAACUCGGAGCCAAUAGCACUAGAUGACGAGACCUUGUACAAACUCCAGAUCUUAUAUGUGACUGGCCCCGGAGGCCACUGCCCCAUCAGCGGCGUAGAAACAACCAGUUCAGAGAGUGAUGAAGCCGAAUCGUCUACCUGGGCAGCCCGACGAACCCGCCAGGGACCACCAUCAAUGCGUCGCUGCGUCGCUUGCAGAGAAGAAACCGAAUUUGUCAGGGUGGCACGUGUACCCUGUGGCCAUGAGUAUUGUCGUUCCUGCCUGGAGGAUCUCUUCAAAGCCUCAAUGAAGGACGAAUCCCUGUUCCCUCCGCGCUGCUGCCGACAGCCUAUUGUUAUCAAUAUCGCUCGCAUAUUUCUCACAAACGACCUCGUGCAAAGGUACGAGAAAAAGAAGAUUGAGUUUGAAACUCCAAACAGAACAUACUGCUACUCUCCUAGGUGCAACGCCUUCAUCGACGCAUCUCAUAUUGAGGGUGAAGUAGCCACAUGUCCCGAAUGCGGAUCCACAACUUGUACGAGCUGCAAGGGGGCGAGCACAUACAGGAGAUUGUCCGAACGAUACCGCAAUGCAACAGCUCCUAAGAUGGCGAUAGCUGUCGUUGCGGUGCGCAAUUUUGUUAUAACUGUGGAGAGCGCUGGAAAAACUGUGCGUGUGAACAAUGGAAUGAACGCCGACUUCUUGCGCGUGCAUAUCAAAUCAUUGACCGAGAACAAAACAUUCCCCUUGACGCUGCUCCUCAAGAUCCUGAUGACCGCCAACCGGAAAUCAAUGAAUCCCAGUUAG